UCCGUGAUCUGAUGUGAGAUCCACGGAGAGACUAUGCCGAGCCCUUUAUUCCACCCCGAGAUUAUGGACCACGACGUGGUGAUCAGCAGCCAGCACAGCGGGGUCGGUCUGCCCCGAGAGACGGACCAGGAGUCCCGGGAAGAGGACCACCAAGAGGCGCUCCGCUUCGCCUUGGACCAGCUGUCACUCAUGGCCCUGGAGAAGGCGGACUGUGUGGCGGACCCUUUGGACGGGACCCCGGCUCCGGGCUCCGAGGGUUGUAACGGUGUGAGUGGAGGCGGCUACGUGGAUCUACAGAUGCUGGAGCACCCCAGCGGAUCCCGGGACUCGCCGACGUCUUGCUCUCCAUCCCCAGAGUACUACGGCUCGGGCGGGUACCACAUGGCCGGCUCGCACCCCAUGCUCCACGGGGAACAAAGCUCCGUCCUCUGCAGCAGGAAAAGAAGCGUAAACAUGACGGAGUGUGUGCCUGUCCCCAGCUCUGAACAUGUGGCGGAGAUAGUCGGGAGACAAGGUUGUAAGAUCAAGGCCUUGCGUGCCAAGACAAACACCUAUAUAAAGACUCCAGUGAGAGGCGAGGAACCAGUAUUCAUCGUGACUGGACGCAGGGAGGAUGUGGAGAUGGCCAAGCGUGAAAUAGUGUCUGCGGCGGAGCAUUUCUCUAUGAUCCGGGCAUCCCGCUGCAAAGCUGGAGGACCCGGAACUGGAGGCUCUCUCCCUGGACCACCACACUUGCCCGGACAGACCACCAUACAGGUCAGAGUUCCCUACAGAGUCGUCGGUUUGGUUGUUGGACCAAAGGGAGCAACUAUCAAGCGCAUCCAGCAGCAGACUCACACCUACAUUGUGACACCCAGUCGAGAGAAGGACCCAGUGUUUGAGGUGACUGGCAUGCCUGAGAACGUGGACCGAGCAAGAGAGGAGAUUGAGACCCACAUCACCCUGCGAACUGGAACCUUUGUAGACCUGCAGGGAGACAACGACUUCCACACCAACGGCACUGACGUCAGUCUAGAAGGCCUGGGCGCCCUGAGCGGAGGGCUGGGGUCAUCUCUGUGGUCCAGGGCUGCAAACCACCACUCUGCACCCCCUCCUCCUCCACCCUCCCCACCUCCUCCUAUUCCCAUGUCCAUGCACCACUCCUCCGGCCGGAAGGUGUCCUCCUCAGUCGCCUAUCACUCGCACAAUGGCGGGAUGAGCUCAGACAACUACAGCAACACCCGCAAGACCAACGAGGGAGGCAGCCCCACAAGCCCUUUUAGCACAGGCUCCAGCAGUGCUGGAGGAGGUUUCACUUUUGGGGGCGACUCCACCCCAGGGCUGCCCUCCUCAGAUGAACUGGGCUUUGAGUUCAGUGCUUCCAACAUCUGGGCACCUUUCGUUAAUGGAGGAGCAGGCAACAAGACGGCUGGCUCCUCCCAGCAGCAGCCUCUACGUCGUAACAGCAGCGGCCUCAGUGGCGGCGCCAUCACUCCACGAUUGUCUCCAACCCUGCCUCAGGACACGGGCGUGGGCCCCCUGGAUCAUCCAUUAGCCCGCCGUGCCCAGAGCGACCCCCUCAGCACUCUCUCCUGGCUACAGUCUGGCAGCGCGGGAGGUGGCUCCUUCUCCGGAGCAUCCAGCUCCAGCUCUGGCGGCUCAUCGACUGGCUACUCCUCCUGCUCGGCCUCCUCCCUGCCUGGAGGCUCGCCCACUGACUCAGAGGGGGGCAGCAGCGGAGUAGGUCUCAGCUCUGGGAUGCUGAGCCGGCUGAAAGGCGGCCCCGGUCCCGGGGUUGCAGGUCUGGUCGGCGUUAGCCCCGGGGUCAACAGGGACUGCUUUGUGUGUUUCGAGAGCGAGGUGACAGCAGCCCUGGUGCCUUGUGGCCACAACCUGUUCUGCAUGGAGUGCGCUGGGCAAAUCUGCCAGUCAGCUGAGCCAGAGUGCCCCGUCUGCCACACCCCUACCACACAGUGCAUCCGCAUCUUCUCCUAA